AUGUCAUUUACAGUACUUUGUUCAUUUGCUUUAGCCUUCUAUGUUGUGAUUUGGUUUUUUGAUUCUUUCUUCAAGAGUUGUAUGCACUAUCCGUAUUAUGCAUUUUUGGAAGGAACUGGAUUAAAAGUGGGAAUAUUGAACUUUUCUUGGACAACUACAGCAUUCAAUAGAUUCAUUUACCGAUGGAGCAAAAAUCUUGCUCGCAUUCUAAAAAAAUGGUUCACUUGUGGUUAUUUAAUUACUAUAUUUUUAUUUCUACCAUUUGCUAUUUGGACCUUGAUGUCAUUUAUAUUUGAACAUUUCUAUGAAACUAUUCAACUGAAUACUGUUCCUGAGGUGAAAGCUAUGCUGCCUGGAGUUAAUAUUCCCAUAUCUGAUUUUUGGGUAUAUUUCCUGUCCAUUGGAAUAUGUAGUACGCUUCAUGAACUUGGACAUGCUAUGGCUGCGGCUCAAGAGGAUGUUCAGUUAAUCUCAGUUGGAUUGUAUGUGUUUACAAUAAUACCAAUCGCUUUUGUUAAACUGAACACAGAUCAUUUGAAUAGCCUAGCUAUAACUAAAAGACUGAGAAUCUACUGUGCUGGUGUAUGGCAUAACUUAGCAACAGCUUUAAUUGCCUUACUUCUGUUUUUCUCUGCACCAAUAUUGUUUAAUAUUGCUUAUGAGACUGGUAUUGGUGUAAGAGUGACAGAUUUUACUGAUGAUUCUCCUCUUAAGGAUGUGAGGGGACUUGAGUUAGAUGAUGUUGUUACAUCUAUAAACGGAUGUGAAAUAAAGAAUACCAAUGGCUGGGCAUAUUGUUUGCACCUGGCACAUAAUCGUUUUGGUAUAUGCACAAGUGCGGAAUUCAUUGCUCAAAACGAUGAAAUCAUGAUGGAAACUGUAAAAGAAAAUGAUGUUGUGGAAUGUUGCAGGAAAGAUGACUUGUAUAGCUUUUGUUUUGAGUAUAUGGAACCUAAAGUAGCAGGUGACUCAGUAUUGCCAGGUCAGUAUUCAUGUCUCAGACCCAGGGAUAUGAUAAAAAAUAAGUUUGUAAAGUGCACAGAAGUCGAUGGCUAUUCAUGUCCUAGAAAUAGCCAUUGUCUUAAACCAUCCAUGAACAAUCAUACCUACCUUUUGAUUAUUGAAAGGCAAAACAAUAAUCCUGUUUUGUACUUAGGAUUACCUUAUGAUUUACAUAAGACAGUGUUUGUUGAUCAGUAUUUUCCCAGGAUGGCAUUAUUUUCUUUUUUUUCACCAUCACAAUUUGAGAAACUCCUGAGAUAUAUAUUCAUUUUUUCUAUGGGCAUAGGUUUUUUAAAUAUAGUACCUUGCUACGGAACUGAUGGGCAUCAUAUAGCAAGAAACAUAAUACAACUAGUUGCUAAAUAUUUAAAUAAGAAUGGGGAUUUUGUGACAUUUUUCACUGUUUUCACAUUAGUUGUGGGUACAGGUAUUACAGUGCCAAUGUUAGUGUAUCUGUUCUACCAAGCAAUUGUAGAUAUGUGA